AUGCGUUUUGAAUGGCAGAAUAGUCGUUUUGUUGAUGCAUAUCAGAAUGGCGAUUGGAUUCUAGUGGAGAAUGUUAACUGCUGCAGUGCUGCUGUACUGGAUCGAUUGAAUGCUUGCUUGGAGAGCAACGGAGAAUUGACUUUAUCGGAAUGCAGCAAUGACGUAUCGGUUGUGAAAGCACACAGCGAUUUCAGGUGA